CGAUACACAUUGCAGAAACUGUAUUUAAUUGAUACAUUUUAUUGAAUGACUGUAAUCAAAAUUAUUGGUUCAUAAUUUGCCCACCGAGAGUGUAAAAAACGAUAUUAUGGGUAAACCUGGCUUAAUCGAUCAAUGUGAUGACAGCGAUAUGACGUGCGGACGGAUUGAUCACAGAGGAGACAAAAUACCAGUAGACUAAGAACAAAUGUCGUUGCAGCCUUUUGAAGCUCAACAGUGACCAUGGACAUAACGAAAGUACGCAAAACCGAAUGCCAAAAUAAAAUAAGACUUCGGACCCGGAGAUAUCUUUGGCGUCGUCUGGUAUAAUAUAAUAAUUUAUUAUAAUAUAUCAUACACACAGUAGUCGCACAGUACACGCGCUCGCUCAGUUCGUCAUGGCCAAUCGCUCGGGCAACAGACCGUUCAUCACCGGGACAUCAACAAUACACUACCGGCGCUGAGAAUAAUAUUGAUUUUUUUACUAGGUUUUUUUUUUUAAUUCGACCGGAAAAAAUCGCCGGUGGAUUAAGUUUAAUAUAAUAUAGAUAUUUUUUUAUUAACUUAGAAAAUAAUUUGUUUUUUUUUUCUUAUGCGACUUUUUUGCCGUCUCGGUUGUCUUAUUGCUGGUUUUUGUUUUCUUACGGGACGAUAAUAUUGUUUUAACAGCGAUACAAUAUUGUUGACGGUGAAUUUUUUGUCCAUAUAAGAGUGCGCCGGCGAUGGAAUUCAAUAGCGGUUUGGUCGGCAAAGUCGUCGGUUUCGCCGCCUUGGUGGCGUGCACGCGAGCGGUCGCCGAACCGCCGGAAAACUGUUGGCGAAAAUUGUCGACCACGACGCCGUCUUGCGACCAACUCGGUUCGGGCAACGACAAACUGUGCAUCGUCAAGUACAAAUGUAAUAACUCGACGUUGCCGAAUUCGUGUUCGACGGAAUUCAUUAGCUACGACGACACUGUCCCUUUGAGAGAAGAGUCUUUUUCGACUGAUCCGGACUACACUCAGCAGAAGCUCAGAAGGUCUACAUCAGCCGAAGCAUGGAUUGGCGGUUUCACAGCGGUGAGCGUGAUAAGUCUGUCCGGCUUGAUCGGUGCACUGUUUUGGCCUCUUCUCAACGAUCCGCGCAAAAAAAAUUCCGUCAUGAGAGUGCUCCUAGGUUUGGCUACGGGGUCGUUGUCCAGUACGGCCAUUUUCCAACUUAUACCUGAGGCGUUCAAAAUAUCGGAUUCGUUGCCACAUUUCCGAUCCACAGUCGUUAUAAUGUGGAUAAGCGUUUGGGGUCUGUACACAUUGGAGAUAUUGGCGUCGAUAAUUUUCCACAAGAAAGAAAAACCGAUAACCGACGACGAGUUGGGUACUCAUCUGCCGAUCACCAACGGCGGUACCGUGACGGAAAUGAAGCUCACUGCACACAACCACAACAGCCACAGCAGCCACGGUCACAGUCAUAAAUUGGGCAAAUCUAUUGACGACAAGCUACCUAUAUCGCCGUUGGCUUUGCUGGUGUUGUUCGGAGACAGUCUGCACAACAUAAUCGACGGAAUGUCUAUAGGAGCAGCUUUUUCCGAAAAUGUCGCAACCGGCAUAUCCAUUUCGAUAGCAAUCGCAUGCGAGGAGUUCCCGCACGAAAUAGGUGAUUUUGCGAUAUUGAUACAGUCCGGUUUAUCGUUCCGGCGGGCCCUCUGUUUUAAUUUCUUGUCGGCGUGCACAUCGUUUGUCGGAAUGUUCUUCGGCAUAUGCUUGGGCAACAUGGAGUACUCGGGUUUUGUGUUCGCCUUUGCUGGCGGAUUGUUCCUAUUCAUCACCCUAUCGCAUUUGACACCCGAAAUGAAGAGUAUGAUCGAAGAGGACUUGGUGGAAGGUAAAAAGUCCGCUUACAUCGGAUUGUUGCUGCAGAACAUUGGAAUGUUGACUGGCGCUGGCAUUUUGUACUUGAUCACGUUCACCAAUGCCGUUAGUCAAUCGUGAUGGUACUGAGUGCUCAGUUUUCGGUUUGUUUUGUGUGUGUACAUAAUAUACCUAUAUGUAUGUAUAUUUUGUCGAACUGUCUACAGAGACAAUAUGGCACACAAACCGUUCCUGUAGACAAAGAUCAUUUUUUACAUCUGUAUAAUAUACUACUAAAAUAUUAAACGUUUUUAAAGAGUACAAUAUUUUUACGCUGUGUACGAGGAACGAGAAUGAACACAGUUAGGAAAACGUGUACGUUAUCGUUGUAUUAAUAUAGUAAAUUAUAUUAUUAUUAAUUAUUUACCACCGAUUUCGUGUCGACAUAACGUCUUCCGAAGUUUAUAUUUAUAUCAUAUUUUUAUAUUACACCUGACAAGAGAAAAUGUCCACUAUAUUUUUGUGUAUGUUCAAAUUUAUUGUGAUAAUUAAUUUUAAAAAUAUGCUGUUGUAAUACAAACUACAACUACACCCAAAACGCACAACGUACCUGCCUAUAAGUAUUUGUCACAUAUUUUGUUUGUUAGUUUCUUUUUUUUUUUUUGUAAAUUUUUUCAACUACAUAAUUUAUUGUUUCACCAUUGUCUAUAAAAACGCUACAGUUUUUAUUCGAUACACUUACAAAAUACGGUUGAUUUUGUUUUAUAAUAAGUGUUAAGGUAUUAUUGUUUGAAAAUGUCGGAAGAGUUUUUUUUAUUAUUUGUGUAUUUUUCGUUUAGUUUUUAUAAAAUGUUUCAUUAUUACAACCGUUAUAGAUGCACAUUGCACAUAUCGCAUUUUUAAAAAAAAAUUAAUUUGUUUAUAUAAAAUCACUUUUUUGUUAUGCUAUUGUACAUAACUUAUUCUUGUUAUUUUUUUUUUAUUUCCACCCUGGU